GCGCAGAUGCCUGAGUGCUAGUGGAGAGAGCGCCAGCCGCCAUGGGAGCUCUGAUCGCGCGCCUGCCCUUGCUGCUGCUCGCCCUGGGGCUGUGGCUCCCAGCGGCCACACAGGCGGCGCGCAUCCUGGGCAUCUUCCCCACGCCCUCCAUCAGCCACCAGCUGCCCUACCAGGCGGUGUUGAAGGCGCUAGCGGCGCGCGGUCACCAGAUUACCGUCAUCAGCCCUGACCCGCUGAAGGAACCAGUGGCCAACUACUCGGAUGUAGACCUGUCUUUCAGUUACGAGGACUUUCGCCAAAGCAUCACAUUCGCAGGCAUGGCGGAUGUGAACCCUAUACGUAUGAUGAAAAUGAUGACUCCUACUUUGCUCUCGGUAACCGAGAAGCAGCUUGCUUCCAAACCAAUUCAAGAUUUUCUCAAAUACAAUGUCUCAGAUGGUUUCGAUUUAAUAUUCUUUGAAUGGUUUGGAUAUGAGGCAUAUUACGGGCUCAUUCACGCCGUUGGAUCCCCACCAAUAGUUGGUAUCGUUUCUCUAGGAGGAUCCGCGAUCCAGUAUAAUGCAAUUGGCAAUCCGAACAACCCAGCAGUUAAUCCAGAGGUCUUAGCCGGAUAUUCAGAUCGAAUGACAUUUUGGCAGCGCUUGGAUAACACAUACACGAACAUGUGGAUGACAUGGCACUGGGAACGGGUGAUGUUUCCAGAAAAUAUCAUUGCUCAAAGUUGCACAAUUUGCAUCGACAGCUCCGAAACAUAA